AUGUCUGACACUCAAAUUAUUGGUUAUGCUCAACCUUGGAUUGUUUCCCCUGGAGACCCGGUUGACAUCAAAGUCUCGAGUACCGAAAAGGGAUAUGAUCACCGUUUACGGUGCUCAUGCUCCCCCGUUGUGAUAGAAGAUAUCACUGAGGUCCCCGCUGGCCACCAUGAGGAUGGUUGUUUCCAAGAUGCUUGCGCAGGUUCCUAUGCUCUUGUCCCAUCCUGGGCGGACGUGGCACCUGCAGCGGGAGAGGGCUUCGAAGUAGAGUUCCAUGCUCAACCAUACUUGCUUGAUGUCGGCUACUUCUGCCAAACCCUUGUAUCUUGUCUCGACGUCUCUUCUCGAACUGGAUUCGCUGUCGUUUUGAAAAACUCGAAGCUUCAGUUCUUCAUCGGCACAGGAAAUAAAAUUCAGGUCGUCGAGAGCCAACUCCUCGUGAAUCGCUGGAGAUGGCUCAAAAUCAGCCUGAGUGUCGUUGACAACACCUUCACUUCGAGCAUUCACCAAUUGAACCGUCUCGCUGAGACUGCCCCCAAUGGCGAAAAGAUGAGUACCGACCUGUCCGCACCCAUGGUGUUGGGGUCGAACUCGUUGCUGUUUGGUGCAGGCAUGUUCAAGGACAUCGAUCAGCAGAGCUCUAAGUCAUCAAACUAUUACAAUGGUCGAAUCGAUUCUCCUUCCUUCACCUUCACGGGCUCAUCACGCCGCACUGUCGCGCAGUAUGACUUCUCCAAAGAUAUCUCUAGCGACUCGAUCGUUGAUGUGUCUGGAAAUGACCGCCACGGUGUGUUGAUUAAUGCACCCACACGAGCCGUCAAGGGGUAUAACUGGGACGGCACUCAGCCAGACUGGACCAAAGCUUCAUACGGGUAUGGAGCUAUUCACUUCCACGAGGAUGACUUGGAUGAUGCCAAAUGGUCAACAAACUUCACCAUCACUAUCCCAUCAAGCGCUCGCUCCGGUGCAUAUGCUGUUGAAGUCAAGACCGCGGACGGCACAAGCGACAUGAUCACAUUCUUUGUCCGACCGAACCCCAGUUCCACGGCCAAGGUGGCGUUGGUUCUCACAACAUUCACAUACCUCGCGUAUGCUAAUGAGCGAAUGUAUGACGAGACCAAGUCGUCGGCGAUGACAACCCCAGAUGGAGUUAGCAUCGGGCCGGGAAAUGAGUAUUAUGAAAGACUGUCCCGACGACCAGAUUUGGGCCUCUCGGCUUAUGAUGUUCACACGGAUGGCUCCCCCAAUGCAUACUCCACGGCUCUCCGACCGAUUCUCAAUCUCCGACCCGGAUUUGUGCACUGGGCCCUGGACCGACCUCGCGAGUUCAGCGCUGAUCUUCUCAUGGUCGGAUACUUAGAGCGUUCCGGAAUCCCAUAUGACAUUAUCACCGAUCAUUGCUUGAGCAGCAGAGGUCAAGAAUCAACCGCGCAAUACACCACACUCAUCACUGGCUGUCACCCUGAAUACCACACUCUCGCUUCUCUCGACACCUUGAGCUCAUUUGCCAAAUCGGGCGGCAACAUGAUGUACUUGGGCGGCAACGGAUUCUACUGGGUCGCCGAUGUUGUCAAUGAGCGGUCUCACCGCAUGGAAGUUCGCAAGGGUGAUCAGGGCUGUCGGUCCGUCACUUUCCCCGCUGGAGAACGCAUGCACAGUCUCACUGGAACCCUUGGUGGUUUAUGGCGCAGCCGUGGUCGUGCUCCCAACUACCUCUGGGGUAUUGGACCUUGUGCGUUCGGUACCGGACCAGGAAAGGCUUAUACAGCAGAUUUGAAAUAUGCCCAAGAUGAGAAAUACAGCUGGAUUUUCAAGGGCAUUGACGCCACAAAGCCGAUUGGCGAGAAGGGUUUCGGUGGCGGCGCCAGUGGUGACGAGAUCGAUCGCCUGGAUUAUGCGCUUGGAACACCAUCCAAUGCGGUCUUGCUGGGAAGAAGUCUCCAGCAUGAUGACUCCUUUGGACUUUUUAAUGAAGACUCCAUGUUCCCCAUGGUGAACACUCUCGGUACCACUUGUGAUAUGGUCAGAAGUGACCUGGUAUAUUAUGACACCUCAGGUGGUGGCGCGGUAUUCUCCGUUGGCAGUAUCAACUGGUUCUGCAGUAUGGGCUGGGAUGAUUAUAGUAACGAGGUAGCUACAUUGACUGACAAUGUGCUAAGAGAGUUUGUGAGAAGAGGAAAGGGUCCUGGGGAGAAGAAGUAA